UGGUUUUUAUCAAUGCGUUUUAAUCGACCCUUGAGACUCAUAUCGAAUGAAUAUUUGUGUUGGGUGUUUUAUCAGCGGCAAUGCAGGAGGAGCUGCGCCGCCACGUCUGACGUAAACAUGGUCACUUUCUUUGCCCUUCGCUUUGCAGGAGACAAAGGAAGUGGUGUAGCAAGUCAGUGCUGCUACAAACAAAUGGGAGUCUCGGCCACGUCACUGCAAGGACUUUCUGGACUCCGGGGACAGCUGGAGCGGCCUGCGCCAGGUAUAUCCUUACCCUGGGCGACCCCACCACCCGUGUUUUGUGCCCACCCCGUUGAAAGCUGGGGAUGGACCGUCUUCCAGCAGCGCACCAGUGAUGCCGUCAGCCAUCAUUUCUUUCGUAUUUGGAUUAUCAAUUGGGCUUUGGCGACCUGGAGGGUGAAUUCUGGCUUGGGCCUUGACCUUCCGCACCAGCUGACCUCCACCACCCUGCAGCAGCUACGAAUUGAUCUGGACGAUUACGAGGGAGAACAUCGGUGGGCUAAGUAUGGAUUCUUCCACGUGGGCGCACCAGAGACCAAGUUCCGCCUCAGUGUUGGAAGAUAUGAAGGAGUUUUUUGGUAUGCUGCUUGCCAUAAAGGAAACCUGAACGGCUACCAGUAUGUGGGCAACCACACCUCCUACGCCGAUGGCAUCAACUGGUAUCAUUGGAAAGGCCACCACUACUCAGUGAAGCGAACGUGUAUGAUGAUCCCCCUCGCCUUCUGACUGUGGCUGUGGCAGGCACGGUGGGAGACGUGAACACACGCAUAAACACUGGAAACAGAAUGCGGUUCCAGACCACCACCAACCCUCCAAGCUCCCUCUCUAACGCUACUCUCAGCCUGAGCCCCUCUUUCUCUCCGGAGGGGCUGGCCCCUCACCGCCCGAGUCACUUCGCUGCUUGCCUCUUCACACGGCCAUGAGACGUGCACACCUUGCGUCUCUGCACCGGGUUCCGCGUGAUCAUAGUCAGCUGGUGCUGUUAUGCAUUUUAUUACAAUAUCCUGUGAGUUAAAUACACUGGCAGGUAAAACCUCCCUUCCGCUUUCUCUCUCUCUCUCUCUCUCUCUCUCUCUCUCUCUCUCUCUCUCUCUCUCUCUCUCUCUCUCUCUCUCUCUCUUAUUCACUAAACAACGACCGCUGAUAAUUUUUUUUUUUUUUACAUUAAAUUGAAAUAAAUCGAUCUGAAGUUAAGCACUGCCCGGAGCAGACUGUCAUUACUCCACAAAGUGACAGUGUAAUAAGGACUUUAACAAGAGGGAAGCAAAGUGUCCUGGCUGUGGUGUUGGCGAGGUGCAAGGCGGCUGACUGGCUGCCCCCUCAAGUAGAAGGAGGAGUAUCUGAGUAAGGGAAUCCCAGUUGGACUCACAAAGUUGCAUUGUCAGUGGAUACACGCAGUUCUGAGUCAAACUGAUUGAUACAUCAUGAUAAGUAACAUAAAACGCUUUGUUCUCUAAUACGGCUAUUUUCAAAGGUCACAAACAUUAUAAUACAGUUUCUCGUCAUUUUUUCCAUUCCUGGUGUAACAUCCCUGUUAGAAUAUCGUUACAACCAUGAGAACACUUUUUAAAAUUGAGAGUAAUCAAGACAAGACGCUGAAAUGUUUUAGAAUAUGGUCCAGUGAUGUGUUCAUUCACAGUGCCUUGGGACUCCUACGGUGCAGUGAACAUGGGGCGUACAAGGUAAAGCUGACGUGGAGGAGGCGCCAUGCACGCCAUCAUCACAGGAGAGGAAGCAAACCAGCUCUUCUUUUCCUUGCACUGGACGAGGUGGCGUCUGGCGCCUUGAUGCUGCCAGUAAGAAUAGUGCUGUGAGCAUACUGUUCUAUGGCAGUCAGUAUUUUGACAUAGUUGUCAGUCAAUACAAAUGACAAGCAAUGCAAAACAUGGUUACCUGUGUCACCUGGCCACGAUCCAAGGCUGACCUGACCUGACCUGCCCAAGUGAGUGAGAUGAGGGCGGCCGCGCUCUUCCCGCGGCCCACCGCUGCCUAUCGCUACCGUUGUAAAUUACAAUACCUUACUGAAGCUCAACGGGGGACACGAGACGUCUAUUAUUACAACGUCGCCAGAACAAGUUUGUUAUUCUAGUAAAUCAUGAAAAUUAAGCCCAAUACUUCGCGUUACACUUCUUAAAUUCUCCUCCUCUCUUAUUUGAUAGCUGAUAUUUUUCUUUAUCUUGAGUAAUAUAAGCAAAAGAAAAAAAAAUCUUCCACCACGCAGUUCUUCCAAAGAGGACUAAGCAUUAUAAAUUCGUCAGCAUAGUGCGUGGUGCGGCAGCAUCAUAUACUACCUCUGCACUGAGGACACAACUCCCACCACUCCACAGCAAAUAAACAUCAACAGU